UCUGCACCAAACAAUAGCCUACUCAUCUCUUGUAGAAUGGAGUUUUGGACAUCUUUUAGAAAAAAACAGGUUCUUGAUAUCAUACUUGUAUUUAGCAUAUUUCUGGUUUUGUUCGAAACAAAUGGAGUCGAAAGCCGGAAGCAGGCCAAACAUUAUGAGGGUGGAGUUGUGAACUCCUUUCAGUAUUCAGCUAUUAGCUGCAGAAAGCACACUGCGUCACUCACUGAUUUUGGAGGAGUUGGUGAUGGAACAACAUCAAACACAAUGGCUUUUCAGGCUGCAAUCAGUAAUCUGAGCCAAUAUGCAUCAGAUGGUGGAUCCCAACUUUUUGUUCCCCCCGGAAAAUGGCUCACCGGAAGCUUUAACCUCACCAGCCAUUUCACUCUCUAUCUCCACAAGGAUGCCACUCUUCUUGCUUCCCAGGAUGAGAAUGAAUGGACUGUAAUUGAACCUCUGCCAUCCUAUGGCCGAGGGAGGGACACACAAGGUGGAAGGUACAUCAGUUUGAUUUUUGGAACUAAUCUCACUGAUGUUGUAAUAACAGGGGAAAAUGGCACCAUAGACGGGCAGGGUGAAACCUGGUGGAACAAAUUCCACAAUGGAGAGCUGAAAUACACUAGACCUUACCUCAUUGAGCUCAUGUAUUCUGACACAGUUCAAAUCUCCAAUCUCACCUUGCUCAACUCCCCUUCCUGGAACAUCCAUCCUGUUUACAGCAGCAAUGUUGUUGUUCAAGGCAUAACAAUCCUUGCGCCAGUAAAAUCCCCAAAUACUGAUGGGAUCAACCCAGACUCGUGUACAAAUACCAGGAUAGAGGACUGUUACAUUGUCUCUGGAGAUGAUUGUGUAGCAGUUAAGAGCGGCUGGGAUGAAUAUGGGAUCAAGUUUGGGAUGCCAACAAAGCAGCUAGUGAUCAGACGGCUCACCUGCAUUUCUCCCUUCAGUGCAGUGAUCGCUCUAGGCAGCGAGAUGUCUGGUGGUAUACAGGACGUUAGGGCAGAAGAUAUCAGAGCCAUUGAUUCAGAAUCUGGAAUCAGGAUCAAAACUGCAGUAGGGAGAGGAAACUAUGUCAAGGACAUAUAUGUGAGAGGGAUGACCAUGGACACCAUGAAAAUGGUGUUUUGGAUGGCAGGCAAUUAUGGGUCUCAUCCGGAUAACAAUUACGACCCGAAUGCAAUUCCAGUGAUCGAGAACAUCAACUUCCGAGACAUGGUUGCUAAGAAUGUGACCAUGGCAGCUAGGUUGGAGGGGAUUCAAGACCAUCCUUUUACAGGAAUCUGCAUAUCCAAUGUUACCAUCGGACUGACAAAAAAGCCAAAGAAGGUUCAAUGGAAUUGCAGUGAAAUUGCAGGGGUGUCAAGUGAUGUUUCUCCUCAUCCAUGCGGCCUGUUGACAGAUCAAGGAACAGAGAAAGCCUGCAAUUUUCCAGAAGAAAGCUUGCCAAUUGACAACCUUGUAUUACAAACAUGCUCCUACCAUUUGAAGUGUUUUUGACAACAUUGUUAUCACCUGGAUGUAUAAGUUAUCAAAUACAAUGAGAUGAAAAGAAAGAAUCCAAUAAACCUUACCAUUUCUA